ACACAAAGAAAAGUCCCACUACAAAUACCCCAUUUCUUCACUCAUUUUCAACACAACCACAACUCUUCUCAAAACCCAAACUAAUACUCAUAUUCUCUAAAAACCACCCUUAUUAUUCUACUUCAACUAUCUUAGUUUUAUUUUUGGUGACAAAAUAUUACUAUAAUAUCAUGGAAGGGAAAGAAGAAGAUGUUAGACUUGGAGCCAAUAUGUACAGAGAGAGACAGCCUUUAGGAACGGCUGCUCAGAGUCAAGACUCGAAGGACUACUCGGAGCCACCGCCUGCGCCGCUUUUCGAGCCGGGGGAGCUGUCUUCUUGGUCGUUUUACCGUGCCGGGAUAGCGGAGUUCGUGGCCACAUUCUUGUUCCUUUACAUAACGGUUUUGACUGUUAUGGGCGUAGUGAAAUCUCCAACCAAAUGCUCAACUGUGGGAAUCCAAGGCAUUGCUUGGGCCUUUGGUGGAAUGAUCUUUGCUCUUGUUUAUUGCACUGCUGGUAUUUCAGGGGGUCACAUUAACCCGGCGGUGACAUUCGGGCUGUUGUUGGCAAGGAAGUUGUCAUUGACAAGAGCAGUGUUUUACAUCAUUAUGCAAUGUUUGGGAGCCAUAUGCGGUGCCGCUGUGGUGAGGGGCUUCGAGAAAAAUCAAUAUGUCCCGCUCGGCGGCGGUGCCAACACCGUCGCAGCCGGAUACACCAAAGGCGACGGCCUUGGUGCUGAGAUUAUUGGCACCUUUGUGCUUGUCUACACUGUCUUCUCAGCUACUGAUGCCAAGCGCAAUGCCCGUGACUCCCAUGUUCCUAUAUUGGCACCACUACCAAUUGGGUUUGCAGUGUUCCUAGUUCACUUGGCCACAAUCCCUAUCACUGGGACAGGUAUCAACCCAGCUAGAAGUCUUGGGGCUGCCCUUAUCUACAACAAAGAACAUGCUUGGGAUGAUCAUUGGAUAUUCUGGGUUGGUCCUUUCAUUGGAGCAGCACUAGCAGCAUUGUACCAUCAAAUUGUGAUCAGAGCACUUCCCUUCAAGUCAUGAAAUAUCCACCAAAGUGGUUUUGUGAAAUGAUUGGCUCCAAAUUAUAUAUAAGCUAUUUACACCUUUCCCUUUUUUUCUUUUGAGUCCUUCAAUGUUGUUUAAUCCAAAUAACACUUUCUUUGUUUAUGGUGUACCAAACAUGGUGUUAUAUAUGUGUAUUUAUAUAUAAUGAGGAAGCAAAAUGAUCAAGAUGGGGUGAGGUGUUUCUUUAUUACUCAACACACUCACCUCUUUUCUCCA